AUGAUUUACUUUUUCCAAAUACCUGAAAUAUAAGAUGAUACUAAAUUACAAGAAUUACCUUUACCUGCUGCUUAGUUAGAUUUAUAAACUUUGUAGUAUCUAAAACAAGUAGAUUAAUUAAGAUUGUAAUACAAAACUUGUAUGAAUUAUAAUAAAAUAAUUGAGAUUAUGAACUUAAAUGAUGGUUUAUCAAAUUAUGUAAAAAUAUAUGAUGAUUAUUUAAAAACUAAUGUCGAAAUAUUAGCUAUUAUAGGAUUCAAGGAAGCUUAAAAACCAAAAUUUAGAUACAAAACAUUUAUUUCUAAAGAUAUAUAAGAAUAUUCAACUGAAGAGAAUAGUAACCCUGAAGCUUGUGCUGCAGAAAUUAUGAUUACGAGAUAUUCAUAUGCAUUUUCGUUUUAAUUAGAUGCUUUCCAUCACAUUUAAUUCGUUCUUAAAUAUAUUAAUUAAACAUUUAAUGAAGAGAAGCCAUUUAAAGAAAUAGAGAAAAUUAUAACUGAAAUUAAUAAAAGUUUAAAUAUUUUUCACACAGGAGUUUAGCCAAUUAGAAGACUUAAUAAUGUAAUUAAUGAUGUAUUAUAUUUUCUUGUAUAAAAAUAAAAUACAUUAAUUCCUGAAUUUAAAUAGACUGUAUUUUACUCAGUGAAACUAAUUAUUGAAACUAAUGCAAACAGUUUGUAUAUUGAGAAAUUAAGAAUUAUGAGAGAAUAUAAAUUAUUAUGCUAAGUAUGUAAAACAUCUUUUAGUAAGCUUUCUAUUUCAUAUGAAAGGUUAAUGGAAAUUUAAAAUGAAAUAUAAUCAGGAGUUUUCGAUUUUUUAAAAGCGGGUAUGUUAUUUUAUAAGGCUUAUGCAUUUUGGGCAAUUUUAAAAUAAAAUCAUAUUUUAAUUGAAUAGGAGAAUUAUUCUUAAAAAUCAUUUAAUUUAUUGUCUUUUGAAAUAUGUGAAAUAACUAAAUAUUUAACUUACUUAUAUUAAUAAUAUUUAAAUAUGAAAAUUGACAGUGAUUAUUAUGAUUAUGGAAUGUAAUUUUUCGUUAAUAUGUUUCUCCCUUUCUCCUCUAAACUUCAUAAAACUCAUGACAUUAUAAGGCACGUAGAAAUAGAAAAACCUAAUCCUGAAUAUAUAUUUAAUAUCGUAGAAAAUUCAAUAGAUUAUUUUGAAUCAAUCCCUCAAGUAAACAAGAACUGAUCAAAAAAUAGAUAAUUUUAGUACAAAUAUAUGUAAUAUUUAUAAUUAUUUUGUGUUUUUAUUUUUAUAAUAUAUAUUAGUUUUUCAAAUAAGAAA